CAUUCAUACAUUUUUAAUUAUUGUUCAAUUUGUUGUACGGAGGAAAAUUUUUAAUUUCUUUGCAUUGUUGUAAUUAAAAAGAGUAAAAUGUCGUCGUUCGAUGAUGAUGAAAGCUGGAUGAAUUAUAAGCCAGCUGCGAAGUUUCUUCCAGUUGUAGAGGGUAAAACCGCGGAUUGUCCUGCACCCGGCGCAACGGAUUUUGACCAACUGGAGACGCCCAUAUUUAGUAAAAGGCAAAUAACACUACGCAUACCACCGAGCUACAAAGGAAACCUAGUACAUGUAACUGUAAAUAAAAAUUGGUUAGUUUGUGUGCUUGCCACCCCACAAACUAUGCUUCUUCGUUUCUUUUUACCUAGAGCUCUUCCUCCAGGAGAAAUACCACUGGAGAAAUAUUUGGCUGGGUAUGCAAUUUCCAAAGUUUUUCUUGAUUACACUGGACACCAUACACUUAUACCGAUUGUACCACAAACCAGUGGAUUAUCAGCAGAUUUUCUGUACAUACACGGAAAUGGUCCAAAAGUGCGUCGUGUAGAGAAAUUCAAAGAUCACGAAAUUACAGCUGUCGCUUUUAAUCGAUAUAUGGGUACAGAAACAUCUACAGGCGCAAUAUUGCUCGGUACAAGUCGCGGUCUGAUCUUCGAAACGGAGCUAUCUCAAGACGGUUCAUCGCCUUUACAAAGAAAACAGGUUUAUGAUUUAGGCUUGGGACGUACAAAGUAUCCCAUAACCGGAUUGGAAUUACUACGUUUGCCAAAUACCAAUAAAUAUAUGGUAAUUGCUACGACGCCAGAUCGUAUAUAUACAUUCCAAGAAAAUUUAAAGCCUGAUGAUAGAUCUCUUCAAUUUAUAUUUGCUAAUUAUGUGAAUGGGCAACAAAUGCACGGCGAAGAAGUAAUUGAAACUGAGUUAAACUAUUCACUGUUGCAGCUAUAUGGAGAGCCAAACGAAAAGCUGCCCAAACAAUGGGCAUGGUUGUGUGGCAGUGGUAUACGAUUUGGAGAGAUUUCCACCGAAGAACGUGCACCUAAAGUCCUACUUGGUGAUAAUCUCAUCAAAUUAGACUUCAAGCAAUAUAAACAUCUAUCCUACGAAGAACGUCGUCAAAAUGCACCACGUGCCAUGGCAUUAACCGAAUAUCAUGCACUCUUACUUUAUUCCGACCACAUCACCGGUAUAUGCUUACUAAAUGAAAAAGUAGUUUACGAGGAGUAUUUCCAUGAACAAAUGGGAAAAUUAUUAAAUAUGCUACGCGAUCCUUUCACUGGCACCAUAUAUGUUUACACAGAUAAAAUGUUUUUUAACUUUAGGAUCACCGACGAACAACGUGAUGUAUGGCGCAUUUACUUAGAUAAGGGCCAAUAUGAUCUGGCGGAGAUUUACGCUGCCGAACAACCAGAACACCUAGAUAUGGUGUUAGUGAAAAAAGCAGAUGCUGCUUUUGAAAAAGGUGAUUACAAUAUAGCAGCCGAUUUCUAUGCGGAAACGACAAAGCCCUUUGAAGAAGUGAGUUUAAAAUUUAUUCAACUGGAAAAUAAGCGACCCAUAAUACGUUAUGUUAAAAAGCGUUUAGCCAUGCUGGACAAUGAUCCAAACAAGAUAAUGGUUUUAGUAAUUUGGCUUGUAGAUCUCUAUUUAUCACAAAUCAAUUAUCCCCGACGUACUGCGCAGGAACGUGCCGAAUGGCAAAGUGAAUUCGAUGAAUUUAUGCAAGGUGCCCGUGUGGCUGAUUGUGCACGUCAAAAUAAGGAACCUAUACGAAAUCUGCUAAAGGAGCAUGCGGAUUCACAUAAUAUCGCACAAUUUGCUAUAGCCAAUGGUGAUUAUGAAGAGGUAAUAGAACAACAGAUUAGCUCGGACAAAUUCAAGGACGCGCUGCAUACGCUUACUCAGCAAGAUAAUCUUGAAUUAUACUACAAAUAUUGUCCGAUAUUAAUGGACUAUUUGCCAGAAGAAACCAUAGCAACUUUAAUGUCUCAAGGACGAAAGCUAGAUGUUAAACAACUUAUACCAACGUUAGUACUGCAGGAAAGUGAUAAGCAUAUAGAGCAAAUCAUUCGUUAUUUAGAAUAUGCUAUAUACAAGCUGGGCGAAACUCAUGAAGCUGUACAUAAUUAUAUAUUAUUUUUAUAUGCCAAAUAUAAACCCAAUAAGUUAUUAACGUACCUAGAAAAUGAGGGUCAGGAUCUUAGCUUGAUACAUUACGAUCUGAACUAUGCGUUGAUACAAUGUCAACAGUUCAAGGUAAAUGCAGCGACAGUCUUUCUCAUGUGUUUAAGUAAAAUGUGGGCUGCGGCUGUUGAAUUAGCACUCACAUUUGAUUUGAAAUUAGCAAAGGAAAUCGCUUCAAAACCGGCCUUAGAGGAAGAUCGCGAAAAGAUGUGGUUGACCAUUGCACAACAUGAGAUACAGGGCACUAAUGAUGUCAAAAAAGCGCUAGAUCUUCUUAAAGAAUGCGAACUGUUGCGUAUAGAGGAUUUAUUGCCAUUUUUCUCCGAUUUUGAAAAGAUUGACGAUUUUAAGGAACCCAUUUGUGAAGCUUUAAAGGAUUACAAUCAAAAAAUUCAAGAAUUAAAACACGAAAUGGAUGAAUGUGAUAAACAAGCGGAACGUGUUAUGAAAGAUUUACAAAAUGUGCGUGAGAGAAGCAUACGCAUUAGCGCACAGGAAAAUUGUAAUCUAUGCGAGACAUUUCUAAUGGUGAAACCAUUUUUCAUUUUCGUCUGUGGUCAUAAAUUUCAUAGUGAUUGUUUGGAAAAACAAAUUUUACCAAUGUUAAGCAGCGAUCAAAGCCGCCGCCUGACAAAUCUCAGGCAACAACUGGACACGCUGGUAACAAAAAACGUAUUAGAUAAUAUUACUGACGAGAUGAUCAUUCAACGUGCGAAAUUAAAAACUGAAAUUGAAGAACUUGUUGCGGCUGACUGUUACUAUUGUGGCGUAAUGAUUGACACAAUCGAUCAACCGUUCGUCAGCGAUUGGGAUCAAGUGAACGUUGAUUGGGAGUAAAUGGAAGUUUUGUAGUAUGGAUAUUAACAUUAGGCAACAAUAUUUGAGUAGAGUUAAGCGUGCAAUCAAACAUAGCCAUGAUAUUUUUACACUUAGUUAUACAAAUAUACUUAUUCAAAAAUAGUAUGGAUUUAAGAUAGAAGGAAUGAUGAUAUUUAUGAACCGUACGUAUAAAAAUCAAUAAACAAACAUAUAUAUUAAAAAA